AUGAGCUUGAAACCUGAGGCUGACGACGAGAGCAGAGAAACCGCGGCCGGCAACAAUGACGUCUCUACCGCCGAAGUCGCGGCGAAAUCGACCAAGGUGUUACUCCAAGAACUCGGCCAGCAGGAGCACCGCUUGAGUGUUCCUCCAAACCAGUUCCAUGGCCCGAUACGCGCGCAAUCCCCAGACACUUUCUCAGAGCUGUCGAUAGAGGACUACCCAUCGCUGCGAGCGAGCAGCGCUAGUCCAGCAGCCCGCCGGCGCCAUGCCUCGACGUCUCCGGCGCCGUCCCCAAGCCCAAACAGCAUAAGACGGUUCUGGAACAGAAACAAAGGCGUGUUCUUGGUCGUGCUCGCCCAAUUCUUCGGCACUCUGAUGAACGUCACCACGCGCUUGCUCGAGGUCGAGGGCAACCGAGGCAAGGGCAUGCACCCAUUCCAGAUACUCUUCGCACGGAUGAGCAUCACCUGCGUGCUGGCCACGCUAUACAUGUGGCGGAAGAAGACUCCGGACUUUCCGCUGGGAAAGCGUGAAGUGAGGCCUCUACUCGUCGCUAGGGGCGUUGGUGGAUUCUUUGGGGUGUUUGGCAUAUACUACUCCCUUCUCUAUCUCCCUCUAGCUGAUGCAACCGUCAUCACCUUCCUCGCCCCAUGCCUUGCCUGCUGGGCCUGCAGCAUCUUUAUCAAGGAGCCCUUCACCCGCAUGGAGCAAGUCGCGGCCCUGAUAUCCCUCGCCGGCGUUGUCCUCAUCGCACGGCCUACGUCCCUCUUCUCGUCGUCCAGUACCAGCAGCGUACCGCCCGCCAGCGGCACAGGUGACAUCACGCCCGGCAACACAACCGCCACCGCCGCCCCCAACGCCGGCAACUACGACAACGUGACGCCUGGCCAGCGCGCCGGAGCCGUCGGGAUCGCCAUGCUCGGCGUCCUCGGCGCCGCAAGCGCCUACACGACGAUCCGCUGGAUCGGCAAGCGGGCGCACGCGCUCAUUUCCGUAAACUACUUUGCGGCGUGGUGCACGAUCGUCAGCACCUUCAUGCUUCUGGUUUUACCCAACACGUCCUUCGUGCUGCCCGCGACACUAAAGGAGUGGUGCUAUCUCAUCUUCCUCGGCAUCUGCGGGUUUGUAAUGCAGUUCUUGCUGGCGUCGGGCCUGCAGUACGAGAAGAGCAGCCGCGCGACGAACAUGGUGUAUACGCAGAUGUUGUUCGCGCUGAGCUUUGAUAAGCUGAUCUGGGGGACUACGCCGAGUGCGAUCAGCAUUGUGGGGAGUAGUAUGAUUUUGGGGAGUGCGAUUUAUGUUGCGGUGCAAAAAGAGGUGGCAAAGGGGAAAGGAACGACAGAGGGGAGGACAAGAGAAGGAGACGAGGAGGAAGUGGCGGGGCUUGUUGAAGGAAUGGAUGCGGAUGGUGGAGAGCGGACACAGGGAAAUGUGCAGUUGAGGGACCUGAGAUAA